AUGCACCUGAAGGUUGCAGGGGUCCCGAGUGCGGAACUUCUUCUGGUGUUACUCAUUGCCUCUCGCGCUUCUCGGAAUGCCGCGUCCGAAUGGCGACCACGGGGACGACAGUCCUGGAUCCUGUUCCUGAUCUCCCUGACGAGUCUCAUCGUGCUCUCUACGGCCUUUUACCGGAUUGCUGGGAGGCAGAGGAAGACGAGUCUUUUCUACGACACGUCUAAGUACUUUUACGCAUACAUCGAAGUACUUUUUUUCGAAGCCACGAAGGUGAAGUUCGUGCCGCAGGCCAAUCGCAUCCUGCUGGCCGUGUGGCUGAUCGCCUGCCUCAUCCUGAUUAACCUGUUCAACGGAGAGGUGAAGGCCAACCUCCUGGUCAAGUCGGACACGGAGCGCAUCAACACGGCCGAGGACGUCCUGCGCCACCCCAAGCUACUGCCUCUCACCAUGAAGAACUCGCCGCUCACAACGGCGCUUCAGAUCUCGAGCAUGGAGUCCGUGCGGAGGUUGUGGGACCGUAUGGCUGCAAUGGGCGGCGCCAUUCCGGUUCCGGAGGUCUUCACCGCCAAGUCGCUGCAGAUGGUGCAGCAGCGCAAGGCCGUCAUAGCCACGGACAUGAUGACCGGGCGCGUCCAGUCGUCGCUCUUCUGCCCCGUAUUGGACGGCUUCUUCUACGUGGGCACACAGUCCAUCACCAACCUGCGUUCCGUCUGGUACUACCGGAAGCGGAUAGACCCCGACCUCGUGAAGGCAAUAAACAAAAGGGUCUUGUGGCUCUUUGAGUCCGGCGUGCCCUUCAUGCGGAACCAAGACCUCUACCCCAAGGGAUCCCUCUGCUUCCUCGACACGUCCAAGCAAGACCGGAGCGGCUCCUUCCAGCCGCUUACCGCCCAGGACAUGCGCGCUGUCUUUAUGCUCAGCGGCUAUUUGAUGGCCAUGGCCUGCGUUUUUCUCCUUGUUGAGCUCAUCGCUCACGGGAUGUCCCACUGCGCUGGCUGCCUUGCGUGA